GUUAAAAAAUAUUGAUUGAAAAGAAUAAAAAAUGAUAAAAUUCGAAUUAUUUUCAAUAAUUUCAAUUCUUUUGUUUGUAUAUAGAGAUAUACAGUUUGCAUAAAGUGCUUCUCAAUUCUUUUUAAUCAGUAUUCUUAACCAGGGUUCCGUAAAAAUAUUGUUAAAAGUCGUAAUUAAAGAAAGUUUUAUGAAAAUUUGAAUUUCUCGAUCUUUUUAUCCUAGCACACUUGUAUUUCUUGAUAGUUCAAAAUUUCUGUAACUAAACACGCAACGCAGCGUUGAAUAGAGUUUAAUUUUGCCUUCGGAUUAACAAAAGGGGUGCAUAGUUAAAAAUUGCUUAAAAAUAACCAAUAUUGAUAUUAAGAUAUAAAAUCGGAGUAACCGUAGCAACGGUAUACCCACAAACGGGGAUACAUUGACUCGUGAUUGAAAACAUAAAUUAAGCUGUCCGUCAACGUCAAUCAUAAAAUUUUUCUCGAAAGAUAAUUGAGGUUAAAAAUUCAUUAAGCUGAAUGUAAUACAAAGGUAAGAUAAAGGAUUGUGAGUCAGAAGUACAAGAACAAUGGAUUUAUACGAUCAACCCCACUACAGGACAACGAAGAACUUUGCGAUUCUCAUAGGUCGAUGGCCUUAUCAGUCUCCCUUCCAGAGCGUAGUAAUACUCGUUGUUAUCUGGACUGCCUUCAUUCUGCAAGCGAUCCCUCAAACCAUAGCGAUUAUCAAGCAUUAUGAUAACCGAGCGAUUUUACUCGAGUGCCUACCGGCUUAUGCGAUGGACAUUGUGAUGGCGAUAAAAUAUAUAAACCUCAUCUAUAACGCAGAAACGAUUAAACAUUUGUUCGAGCUAAUGAGAGAGGAUUGGAAAUUGUUGAAGAACGAAGAGGAAAAACGCAUCCUUCAGUAUCACACUGAUAUUGGACGACUAUUGGCUUCUGUUUACGCAGGAUUUGCUUUUACGACAACGGGUAUGUUUGUUAUGGAACCAGUUUUGCCGAGGAUUGUCAACAAGAUUAUUAAAUCUAAUGAGACAGUUCCACUGAAAUUUGCUCUUCCAUUAGAAUACAUUUUCUUCAAAAAGGAAGAUCAUUAUUGGCCGAUGCUUACUAUCACUAAUAUUUUCGCUAUCAACAUUAUUGUUGUCAUAAUAUCUUGCGACGUUAUUUUCAUAACUUGCAUUCAACAUGUUUGUGGGAUAUUUGCAGUUAUAGGAUUUAGGAUAGAAAAUGCAUCUACUGGUGGAGCAAGGUUGAAAGACAAGUAUGGAAUAAGCGUUAAAUCGAAUUUGCAGGAUCCUACUUACAAACAUUUGGUUUCAUGCAUUAGGAUUCACAGGAGAGCUUUUUACUUAGCUGACAUUCUUGAAGAAACUUUUACGCAGAGUUUUGGAGUUGUAGUCGCGUUAAAUUUGCCACUCAUGAGCAUAACUGGCUUGCAGCUGAUUACUCAAUCUAAUACAGUGGAACAAACAAUCAAGUUCGCCUUGUUUGCUGCGGCUCAAAUGAUGCACCUAUUUUUCGACUGUUUCCUUUCGCAGAAUCUGACAGAUAUGAGCAUUGAAAUUCAACAGUGCAUAUCCAAUGUGAAAUGGUACAAGAGUUCAAAAGAAUCACAAAAGAUAUUACUUUUGAUGUUGAUGAGAAGCCAAGUGCCCUGCAAAGUCACUGCAGCUAAAAUCAUGGAGUUAUCUAUUGAAAAUUUUGGAAACAUGGUAAAAACAAGCGGAUCAUAUUUUACAAUGCUUCUAUCUAUGCAAUAGUAAAUUUUUGGUUAUAUCUGUGGUGUGAAAUAUGUUUAUUAUGUAUAUUGAAUAAGAAUGUAGUAGUUGUUAAGUA